AUAACUCGUCCCGAAGCGCUUUAUUUAACAAUAUUAAACAGCCAAUCUGCCGCAGGCAAUUUCCGCAUUCGCACUGCUUUUGCGAGGCCUGUCACAUCGGCCAGGGAUAUUCAAACACGUUUUGAAUGCCGAUCGAAAAGCAUAUACUCAAAAUUCCAAAAAACACAAGCCCAGCGCCCAAGCGCCAUCAUUUGUUUCCAGCCGACUUCCAGCUCCGAUCGGGUACCAAUAGCCCUGCACCGGACCCACUAAGAUGGACGGAGGAGGGGACAACCAGCUCGCGGUGCGGUCCUUGGGCAGGCAGCGCGAAGCCUUCUCCCACUACGCGGGUCCACCGACGGCCAUGCUGCAAGGACCCGAUCCUGGCGAAGGAGACGUCCUUGCCCUGCAGAUGGCCAUAGAAGCCUUCAUUCUAGCCGAACUCGAAGAGGAUUCAGGCUUCGAGUCCGGCAGCGAAGACGACUAGCAGGAUGGAAAGAGUAAAGUGAUACUUUAGUAAAUAGCACCCAUGUAUGAGCCAUCAUAAGAGGAAUAUAUGUAUCUAAUGUUGCACCAACCUUGGGCUACAUGAUUUAUGUAUGCCGGUGGACCAAUUCGCCCGCAUUAUGGACAAUGAUGCACGGCAUUAAUUAACUCGCAGUCUUACCUUUUGCAAAUAGGAUUACAAACACUGAAAUGAAAUAGAGCCAUGUUUCGAAAUGCCUUAGUUGGGUUUCGGUUUAUUCAUGUCGAUUUGAUUUCAAUUUGAUUUCAAACACAAAUUCCAUUUAAACACAGGGAUGCCGGUGCAUCUGUAUCUGUGUGCGAGUUGCAGAUUAGUAGAGAGUUGUAGUUACAUUUAUUUUACACAUACAUAAAUACGCAUAUUUGUAUACAUUUUUAAUAUGCUCGUUCAAGAUGAAUUUUUCUAUUUUUCUUCGAAUUUACCAUACGCUCUCUUGUGCAACAUCAAUAAUAAAUAUUUACGUUUGUCUGCAUCGGU